AUGAAGCGCUUUUUGGUUCUGGCUCUCGCGGCACUUGGCUGCCAGGCCAAGACCGUUACAUACGACUUCAACGUCACCUGGGUCACGGCAAACCCCGAUGGACUGGCGGAACGCAAAGUUGUUGGUAUCAACGGACAAUGGCCCCUACCUCUGAUUGAGGUCGACAAAGGCGAUCAGCUCGUCGUCAACAUGUUCAAUGGCCUCGGAGACAGGCCGUGCUCAAUUCACUGGCACGGCAUGUUCCAGAACAACACAAACUACAUGGACGGCGCUUCCAUGAUCACGCAGUGCCCCGUACCUCCUGGACAAAGCAUGACUUACAACUUCACCGUCAACCAGAACGGCACCUACUGGUAUCACUGCCACACGGACUACUGCUACCCUGAUGGCUACCGCCAGGCACUGAUUGUACAUGACGAGCAUGCGCCAUUCAAGUUUGACGAGGAGUUCACAAUCACCAUGUCUGACUGGUAUCACGAGAUGGUUGAUGGGAUUCUGUCGGCUGAGUUCAUGUCUGUAUACAACCCCACUGGCGCUGAGCCUAUACCAUCUUCUUUCCUCUUCAACGAUACAAUGAACUCCAGUCUUCCUGUGGAGCCGAAUAAGACAUAUCUAAUCCGACUGGUCAACAUUGGCGCCUUCGUUGGGCAGUACUUUUACAUCGAAGAUCACAAUUUCCAAAUUGUGGAAAUCGACGGUGUAUACACAGAACCUACUGAGGCUGACACUCUCUACAUCGCUGUGGCUCAGAGAUAUGCGAUCCUCCUGACGACCAAGAACGAGACGGACAAGAACUAUGCCAUUGUCACCGUUGCGGACUCAUCCCUGCUUGAUGGUAUCCCCGAUGACCUUCGACUGAACAACACCAACUGGCUAGAGUACAAUAAGGAUGCCGACCACCCACAAGCAACCAUAAACGUAACAGACAGCACGGAGCUUGUUCCAUUUGACGAUAUAACGCUGGUGCCCUCUGACAGGAUGGAGUUGCUUCCUGAGCCGGAUAUGGAGAUCAAUGUGACAGUUAUCAUGGAUAACCUGAACACCGGAUUUAGCUAUGCCUUCCUGAACAACAUCUCCUUCACAAAGCCCAAGGUGCCCUCUCUAUACACAGCAAUGUCAUCUGGGGAUUUGGUGACCAACAAUGAGAUCUACGGCGAGUUCACGCACCCAAUGGUUCUCAACCACAACGAUGUCGUGCAAAUCGUGGUCAACAACGCUGAUGGUGGCUCGCACCCCUUCCAUCUUCAUGGCCACAACUUCCAGGUCAUCGAUCGUGCACCGUCAUAUGGCCCUACCUUUUAUGACUACCUUAACGGAGACCCUGUACCCUAUGACCCAAGCAACCAUACCGCGUUCCCCAAGAUCCCGGCUCGCAGAGACACGUUUGUGCUACCGCCUCAAGGCUACGUCGUCAUGCGGUUCGUUGCCGACAACCCCGGCGUUUGGAUCUUCCACUGCCACAUUGAUUGGCAUCUUGCUUCUGGUCUAGCCAUGAUCUUGAUCGAAGCUCCACAGCAGAUGCAGGAGCGCAUGAAGAUUCCUCAAGACCACCUCGAUGUUUGUCAGGCCGCCGGAAUUUCCUCCAAAGGAAACGCCGCAGCUGACACAACAAAUUUCCUUGAUCUCCAAGACCAAGCUGCGCAGCCGGGCUGGAUUCCCCAAGGAUUCACGGCAAGAGGAAUCGUUGCGCUUGUAUUUUCUAUUCUGUCUGCCAUCAUCGGUAUUAUAAGCAUUGUUAUAUACGGCCUGGCGGAUGUGAAGAACAAGCAGGUGGAUGAGAUUGCGCCAGAGUCAGAGCAGAGCGAAGUUGCAGUGGAAGAGACUGUGAAUAAUCCGACCAAGUCUUGA